CUUUGGUAGAAGUGCAUCUCUGGUCUUAAAUUCUUCAGUCUGAUCAUGCCCCAGAAUACGGAUGAUCCACUGCAAGUGCUUGAGUUCAGCCACUACACGGGAUGGUUUCCAUCGCUCGGCAUAUCGUACUGAAAUAGGAUUCGUGAAGAGAUCCCAAAAACGGAAAUGUAACGAAAAUACUACAAUGGGCCGUCUUUCAUAACGAUCGACUUAUAGGGCUGGAAAAUCUUAUAUAAUAUCUCUUUCCCGUUGGUUUCUGGGUAUAGCAUUCUGUAUACAUUCAUUCUUCUGUUGGCUAAUCAAUCUUCGCUCCAUUCAAUUUCAGAAUACAAAUACCAGUUCCAGCUGCGCUGUCUACCAUUCUUUCAUUACCAUUUAUUUCCAGUUAAACCAAAUCAAAUCAAAAUGUACUCCUCAUCCCUACUCCUCUCUCUAGCCCUCACAACCCUAGCCUCCGCUUCCACUAUCUCCUCUCCCCACUACCCCCGCGCAAACUCCAGCACCUCCAGCACCUCCUCCGCCUGCGUUCCCGCCGGCGCAAUCCACAUGAUCGUUGCACGCGCUUCCACCGAAGCCCCCGGUGAGGGAAUCAUCGGCUCCGUAGCCACCAUGGUUAAAGCCUCUCUUCCCGGCUCCGACUCUGAAGCCGUAGAUUAUCCAGCCACACUCACGCAGUACCAAGCCUCUGAAGCAUCGGGCGUAGCCGCAAUGCAAAAAUUGGUACAGGCGUAUGCGGAAAAGUGUCCCGGGAGUAAGAUGGCGGUGAUGGGGUAUUCGCAGGGUGCGCAGGUGGCGGCGGAUGUUAUGUGUGGGACCUCUGAAACGGGAUUUGCAGGGAAUACUCAGGCGUUGUCGGCGAAUAUUAGUAGUAAUGUCGUGGCAAUGGUUCUAAUGGGCGAUCCAUCCCACGUCCCAGCCGAAACGUUCAACGCCGGUACCGCCAAGAACAAUGGACUUUUUGCCCGUCAAAAUAUUGCCGCCUGUCCUACGGAGAAAACAGUCUCCUAUUGUGAUAGUCAAGAUGAAUUCUGCGACUCCGGCAACUCCCUCCAAGUUCACCUCUCCUACGUUACCACCUACGGAACCGCCGCGGCGAAAUUCAUCACCGACAAAAUGUCUGGCGAAACCACCACUUCCUCUACUUCCACUUCAACUUCUUCCCCUUCCACAAACGGAACCGCAGAUGCAAAAAGCGCGCAAGGUCUUACGCGCGCUGCAACUAAGAGCAUGAACGGCGUUGCAAAAAUGGGCGCAUCUUGGGGUAUGCUGAUUAUCUUUUUUGGGCUUGGAGUUUUGAUUUAAGCUUUGACUUUGAUUUUGAUUUCGGUUUCGGAUAUCGUGUUUUCUAUUUUGUUUUUUGAACACUUACACUUACAGUAAGUGACAAGAAGAUCUAAUGUUGCAUCUUUCUACGGGGUUUUGAGACACAAAAUAGGCGUAGGCGGAGGCGUAGAGCAGGCGUAGCGGGUGAUUGAAGGAAAGGGGUAAUCGAUAUCCAUUUCUUUCCAUUUCUAUUUCUUUCUACUUCUCUCUCUUGAUUCUCACAUCUCCAUUCAAAGAGCCAUCAUAUGAUACCGCAUACGAUACCGAAA